AUGUCGGGCAAAGAUGAAAUUGAAAUCUUUCCCUCACGAAUGGCACAGACCGUCAUGAAGGCUCAGUUAAAAGGAGCACAGACAGGUCCAAAUCUCCUGAAGAAAAAAUCUGAUGCCUUAACUCUUCAGUUUCGACAGAUCCUUAAGAAGAUAAUAGAGACUAAAAUGAUGAUGGGUGAAGUGAUGAGAGAAGCUGCUUUUUCACUUGCUGAGGCCAAGCUCACAGCAGGGGACUUCAGCACCACAGUUAGCCAAAAUGUAAAUAAGGCCCAAGUGAAGAUUGGAGCAAAGAAAGAUAAUGUAGCAGGUGUUACAUUGCCAGUAUUUGAACAUUAUCAUGAAGGAACUGACAAUUAUGAACUGACUGGUUUAGCCAGAGAGCUGGAUGAGAGAGAGCAAGAGGAGUUCUACAGGUUAAAGAAAAUACAGGAGAAGAAAAAGAUUCUCAAAGAAAAGUCUGAUAAGGACUUGGAGCAACAGAGGGCAGCUAGAGAGGUGAUGGAGCCUGCUAAUCUCCUGGCUGAAGAGAAGGAUGAAGAUCUUCUGUUUGAAUAA